AUGCCGACUGUUCAUGUAGAUAAGGAAGAAUUUUACAAGGUGCUUGGAAGAAAUUAUUCUACAGAUGAAUUUCGUGAAUUAUGUUUCGAAUUCGGCAUUGAACUGGAAGAAGACACCUCGGAUAAAGAAUUGUCUAGCAAGAAAGUAGGUGCAGCCAAAGCUGGUGAUUUAUUGGAAAGGCCUACCUUAAAGAUUGAUAUUCCUGCUAAUAGAUAUGAUCUCCUUUGCCAUGAGGGUAUUUCUCGCGCAUUAUUAAUCUUUCAAGAAAAAGCAAAGCCACCCAUUUACAAAUUAGUUGAACCCGAGAAUGGUCGAGUACAAAUAAUCGUAAAACCAGAAACUGCAAAAAUUCGACCUUACAUUGUUGGUGCUAUACUGCGGAACGUUACCUUCACCGAGAGAAAUUACAACAACUUUAUCGAUUUGCAGGAUAAGUUACACAACAAUCUGUGCAGAAAGAGAACCCUUGUUGCCAUCGGAACACAUGAUUUAGACACACUUAAAGCACCUUUCACAUAUGAAGCUCUUUCUCCAAAAAGCAUCAAAUUUGCACCAUUGAACCAGCCCAAGGAAUACGAUGGAGAGGAAUUGAUGCAAUUUUAUGAG